UUAGUCAAGUGAGCAACGAUUACCGUCAGCGCACGAGUACCUUCUAAUUUUUUAUUGUCUUUACUCUUUACGUGUGUCACCGGAGACCGGAGUCUGUGUACAAGUUUUGUUUGAAUAUCAUAGAAUUUUAUCAGUUUCAUCUGUUAUCUCUAUUUACGUCGCGUGGAAUUGUUGGAUAUUUUUCAUUGUUUUCAGUGUUGUGGAAGAAAAAUAUUUCUGUGACUUUCUUGAAAUUCUGUGACUUUCAAGAUACCUACAAUGCAGUUGUGGAGCAAUUUAGUGAUUGUUUGCAUGCUUGUUUUGGCAUUUACAGCAAACAUAGCAGUAUCAACUUCCAACAGCACAAAUCCCCCAAAAAAUGAUCAAGAUAUAACAAACAGCACAGCUUCAGUAAAUACAUCUACCACAACCAAAGAGAAUACAACACAAAAAUCAACGUUGAAUACGACAAUAUACGAAACGACUUCAAAUGUAAAUAACACAAUAAACAUAAAUUCAACAACCCUAAAUGGCACUAAUUUAGAAACAACAACAAGCCAUUUCGAUAUGGAAGACAUAAAAGCCACAAAUUCCUCUAACUUUUAUUAUUCUAUGGUUCCUCCUGAGAAAAAAUCUAAUAAUUCUCAAAUAGAUACUGAAGUUGAGGAUCUACUAAACGUACCAGAUUAUGAUUUAGUACAAACAGCCAACGAUCCAGACAACAGGCCGGCUAUAUUUUUAAAUGAUGAUUCAAUUAAUGUUGAGAGUAUACAUACAGAUGGACAAGACGAUGAGCCUGUGCCUGAACACAAAGGUUUAGUACCUGGAAAGGUGGCAGCGAUCUUAGCUGGGGUAUUUGUAGCAUUUGCAAUUGUGGGCUACAUUGCAUUAAUGAGUUGGAGGAGAUAUUUAGAAAACAGAUAUGGUAACAGAGAAAUGCUAGUAGAAGACGAUUAUUGUGAAAAACAAAUGAAUGAUCUAGAACAUUUUUCAAUAUAACCAUGGUUAUAGCAUAUACGAGUAGUAGCAUUUAUAAUUCCUACCUGCAACCAAAGAGAUUACAGUUAUAAUUAUGAAAAAAACGAGAAAAGAGUUUACUGAACUGCAUCUAGAGAUAAGCCCACGAUCGACCCACCAUCAACCAACAGCCAUCAUUAGCAUGGAAUGGAUGGAAAACGGUUUAUUUAUUAUUUAUAGAUUGUGAUAUAUCUCUACAUUCACUCAUGUUUAGUUAGGAAUGCCUUCAUCUGACAGAGAACCUAUAUGUCUAUCAGACCGUAGUGAAAUACAUAAAUACAUAUUAUUUUGUAAAUAGUAAAAAAACGGUAAAUACUAGAUUUAUUUUUAAUGUUCUGUAGUGUUUGGAAUAUUGUGUUUUUACUGAUUGAUCGUAUUUUGGGUGACAUAUCUAUACGUUGAAAUAAAAUUGUCAGAUACCUAAAACAA